UGAAAAAUAUAUCAUUUAUAGUGUAAUCAACCAUGAUAAUAAUUACAAGAGUUGGUAUUAAAUACGUAAAAAUAACGCCUCUUCACCUUUUUGGAGCCAAUUUAUUGUAAAAUACACCAAAUAGAGGAAAGAAAAUAAAUAGUGGAAGGAUAUGCAAUCGAAACUUUCCAAUUAAUUAUAAUCACUUAAUUGAAUUCCUUUUUUUGGUAUUUUCCAAGUAUUUUAACUCACCUACUACCUCAUUCUUCUGCCUCAAUUAUCUCACUCUUCUACUCUUUCAAAGUUUAAGAUUAAAAAUUAGAAAAAAAUAUAAACAAGAAGAAGAGAGAGAAAAUGGUAGAGAGAGAAACAGAGAGUGUUUAUGAAAAUGAAGAAUCAGUCAAAGAAUUUUCUGUUGAAGAAAAAGCAAUUGUCUCACUUCCAACCGAGGAAUUACCCUUAAUUCAAAAGGAUGAAAGUGAAGUUGCAAAAGCUAUGGAGAAAACCAAAGACAGGGAUGUUGCGCUGGCACAAGUUGAAAUGGAGAAGAAAUUAGCUCUAAUCAAAGCAUGGGAAGACAAUGAAAAAGCAAAAGCUGAUAAUAAGGCAUACAAAAAACUAAGUGCCCUAGAUGCAUGGGAGAGUACUAAAAGAGCAUCCUUAGAAGCUCAACUCAAGCAGAUUGAGGAGAAGUUUGAGAAGAAGAAGGCGGAAUAUGGAGAGAAAAUGAAGAAUAAGAUGUCGAUAGUUCAUCGGGCAGCCGAAGAAAACAAGGCAUCCAUCGAAGCUGACCGGGCAGGGGAAUUUCUCACUGUCGAGGAAGUUGCUUCAAAGUUUCGGGCAACGGGCAGAAUACCGAAAAAAUUGUUUGCAUGCUUUAGCAGCUUUUGAUUUUGAUUUUUAUUUAUGGAAUAUUGAUAAUGAACUAUUAUUAUUAUUAUUAUUAUGAAGGAAAUGUGUGAUUCUUGAAGU